AUGUACGUUUACUGGGCAAUAAGAUACGAUCUUUCAACGUGUCAAGGAGUUAUUUUCAAGAGUGGCAGAGUGCUAGUGCCAAAAAGUCUACGAAAGAAGCUGCUAGAUAAUUUACACAUGGCGCAUCUAGGUAUUGACUAUACGCUUCGUGCAGCACGAGAGUCAUUCUUCUGGCCAGGGAUGACCGAUCAGAUUACAAAUUAUGUCCGAAACUGUGAAGUUUGUAUGGAGUUUAGCAGUAAUCAGUGCAAACCUCCCAUGACCACGCACCCUAUACCAGAGUACCCGUUUCAGCGAGUAAAUAUUGACCUGGGCGAAAUAAAGACUGGCAACAAGAAAUUAACUAUAAUGGUUACAGCUGAUAGUUUCUCAGACUUUGUCGAAGUAGAUUUCUUAAGCGACUCUAAAACCAAUACGAUUGUGAAAAUCUGCAAACGUAAUUUUGCACGACAUGGAAGUCCGGAGGUAGUGGUCACAGAUAACGGACCACAGUUCGACAACGUAGAAUGGAGGGAAUUUGCACGAGAAUGGGAUUUUAUGCCAGUAACGUCAUCUCCGUAUCACGCCCAGGGAAAUGGAAAAGCAGAAUCUGCAAUAAAGGCUAUGAAGCAGCUGUACAAAAAGUGCGUAAAAAGUGGAGCUGACUUUUGGAGAGCUCUACAGCAGCAUCGUAAUACUCCGAAUGCUGUAGGAUCCAGUCCGAACCAAAGACUGUUUUGCAGAACUACUCGAAGCACCGUACCAAUCAUCGCGAACCGACUGAAGCCGCCCAAGUCACAGGAUGUAGAGGAAAGUAUUCGACACAAGAGAGCUAUUACCAAAAUGAGUUACGACAAAAGAGCAAAGAAGCUGCCAGAGUUACAAGUUGGAGCAAAAGUGCUGGUUCAACGUAGACCGGAUCUUCACUCAACGUGGGAGAAAGCAGUUCUGUUGCGGCGACUCGAGGAUCAGUCAUGCGAAGUUGAAAUGAGCGAUGGCGCGAUAUACCGUAGAAGUGCGGUUCACGUGAAACCCGGCAAACGAAACGAACAAACAUCUGAAGUGGUGAAGCCAGUGCGACAGGAGGAGGCUGAACGUUUACAUCCGAUGUGUAUUACGAAGGAGUCAGUAGAGCAGAACAGCGAAGAUGAUCGAGAGUUGCCUAAUCCAGAGAAGCAGCGUGUUUAUGGCACUAUCAACGCAACUGGGGAUAAAACGACACUGCCACGACAGGAUCAACGUUUUUCUUCAAGCGUUGACCAGAGCGGCUCAACUGACGAGAAGGGUUUUCCGGAGAUUCCUGCAGAGCGACCUAGAAGAGAAGUGAAAAAACCAUCAAGAUUUUCAGAUUUUGUCAUGUAA